CGCUCACGGCGUGGCGCUAAUGCAGCCUGCAGACAACGUGACGCCGAAGCACGACGGCGAAGCGGCGAAGAGAGCAUGUGCUCGAUUUGCUGCUGCCUCGUCUUUUUGACGGUCAUAGCUGCAUACCACCUGGAAGCAAAUCUUCGCGGGGUCUUCGUUUCCGUCGUUCGAUACAGCUCAACUGCGUGAUGGCCCAUUGCGUCUGGUGGGGUCUAGAUCAUGCAUCCGUCCUGCAACCCCUUCGAUGCGAGCCCACUGAGGCAGGCCCGCCGCAAUGGGCGAGGCGGUUGAAUCACUGCCGCGGGCGCCAAGCGGCUCCAGUUGCCACACCCUCCCACGAUAGAGUUCGGCACUUGCAGGAGACUAGAAGGCAUUGCUCGAUACAGUAUUGGCGCCGCAUCCCUUCCAGCAGUCGAGCCUUUGAUGAAAAGGGGCAAACGCCGUCUCAUUUAUUGCUGAAUCCGUCCUUGUGGUAUCGAGUCCUUCCUGGUUGGGAUGAUGAAUGGAAGUGGCUAUUGUUCAACCGACAGUCAGGGACGCAGCGCCGCCUUAAUCUCAGCAGUCAAGCAUACCAGCCAGCACCCACGACUAGAACUACUUCCGACGAAUACGUCAAGAUGCAGGUACCGGCACGCCAAUUUACUGACCACGCAACCGUGACCCUCGCUGCACCUGUAUUGUGACACCAUCCAACGAGCGAUUGAGUUUGGCAAGCCGCUUCCAGCACGGCGUUCCAGGCUAUGACCUCACCUACCGGGAUAUCCAGAUUCCCAGAGAGCAGAACAAUCUUUCUGGCCAAUCAGGGUUCGCCAGUAAGCGCCCGCGCGGCUACGCGCGCUUCUGAC